AUUGAAUUGACAAAUAUAUAUGAAGAGAGUGACUCAAGUCGGCUAGGGUUAACUUUAUAUCAUCUUUCUGUACUCCAUUACUGCUGUUCCUCCUGUUCUAAGCAAAGAUUCUUCCUUGAUCAUACAUCUUUCAAAAGGUUAUAACUGGAAUUGGAAUUGAUCUGAUAAAGUAUGGGUUACUGUAUGAACCGUAUUGAUAAUGUUUACUCAAGUUUCAUUCAUUCAUCAUCUAGACUCGUUCCUCUGCCAAAACUCAACUCUUUACGUUUAGUUCCAUUCACUAAGAAUGUAAUCUCUAGGAAGAGAUUUCCAUCAUUAACUUUUCAAUCAGGUCCGCUUCGUGUUAUCAGAAGCGAGAAAAUUGAUUCAAGAAACGAGAAUGAUUCAACUAAGCAGCCACGGAUUGGUAAAAGGACAGAUAUUAAGAAGAUAAUGAUUCUAGGUGCAGGUCCUAUUGUUAUAGGUCAAGCUUGUGAGUUUGAUUAUUCAGGAACUCAAGCUUGUAAAGCUUUAAGAGAAGAAGGUUAUGAAGUUAUUCUUAUUAAUUCGAAUCCAGCAACGAUUAUGACUGAUCCAGAAACUGCUGAUAGGACUUACAUUGCUCCCAUGACACCUGAACUUGUCGAGCAGGUUCUCGAGAAGGAGAGGCCUGAUGCUAUACUGCCGACUAUGGGUGGACAGACUGCGUUAAACUUGGCGGUGGCGUUGGCUGAGAGGGGUUCGCUUGAGAAAUAUGGGAUUGAGUUGAUUGGAGCGAAACUUGAUGCUAUUAAGAAAGCGGAAGAUAGAGAUUUGUUUAAACAAGCGAUGAAGAAUAUUGGAAUUAAGACACCUCCUUCGGGGAUUGGAACUACACUUGAAGAGUGUUUUGAAGUUGCUAAUUCGAUUGGGGAAUUUCCUCUUAUUAUAAGACCGGCGUUUACUUUGGGAGGAGCGGGAGGUGGGAUUGCUUAUAAUAGGGAGGAAUUCGAAGCGAUUUGUAAGUCAGGUUUGGCUGCGAGCUUGACGUCGCAGGUUUUAGUUGAGAAGUCUUUACUUGGAUGGAAGGAGUAUGAGCUUGAGGUUAUGCGUGAUUUGGCUGAUAACGUUGUGAUUAUUUGUUCUAUUGAGAAUAUUGAUCCGAUGGGAGUUCACACUGGAGACUCGAUUACAGUUGCCCCUGCACAAACCUUGACUGAUAGAGAGUAUCAACGGCUGAGGGAUUACUCUAUUGCUAUUAUAAGGGAGAUUGGAGUUGAAUGUGGCGGAUCGAAUGUUCAGUUUGCUAUUAAUCCUGUAGAUGGAGAGGUUAUGAUAAUUGAAAUGAAUCCUAGAGUUUCGAGGUCUUCAGCUUUAGCAUCGAAGGCUACUGGUUUCCCGAUAGCAAAGAUUGCUGCUAAGUUGUCGGUUGGUUAUACACUCGAUCAGAUUCCUAAUGAUAUAACGAAGAAAACCCCGGCCAGUUUCGAACCUUCCAUCGACUAUGUGGUCACAAAGAUACCACGUUUCGCGUUUGAGAAGUUCCCAGGUUCAGAGCCUAUACUGACAACUCAGAUGAAAUCGGUUGGUGAAGCGAUGGCAGUUGGUAGAACUUUUCAGGAGUCAUUUCAGAAGGCAGUUAGAUCACUUGAAUGUGGAUACUCUGGUUGGGGAUGUGCAGAUAUUAAAGAACUUGGUUGGGAUUGGGAGCAGUUGAAAUACAGUCUUAGGGUUCCUAAUCCUGAUCGAAUUCAUUCUAUAUAUGCUGCAAUGAAGAGAGGAAUGAAUGUUGAUGGCAUUCAUGAUCUGACUUAUAUUGACAAAUGGUUUCUCACUCAGUUUAAAGAACUGAUCGACGUAGAACAGUUUCUGUUAUCUCGUGGUCUGCCUGAUUUGACUAAGGAAGAUUUAGUUGAAGUGAAGAAGAGAGGUUUUAGCGACAGACAAAUAGCUUUUGCGACGAAAUCCACGGAGAAAGAAGUUCGAUUGAGGCGUUCUUCUUUGGGUGUUAUUCCUGCUUAUAAAAGAGUGGAUACUUGUGCUGCAGAGUUCGAAGCAAAUACACCUUAUAUGUAUUCUUCUUACGAUUUUGAAUGUGAAGCGGCUCCUACUCAGAAAAAGAAAGUCUUGAUUUUAGGCGGAGGGCCAAAUCGAAUCGGCCAGGGAAUCGAGUUCGAUUAUUGUUGCUGUCACACAUCAUUCGCUCUUCAGGAAGCAGGUUAUGAGACAAUCAUGAUGAACUCAAAUCCUGAAACUGUAUCAACCGAUUACGACACAAGUGAUAGGCUGUAUUUCGAACCUUUGACAAUCGAGGAUGUCUGUAACAUCAUCGACUUAGAGAGACCGGCUGGUAUCAUUGUCCAGUUCGGAGGCCAAACCCCUCUUAAACUAUCACUUCCUAUCCAAAAAUAUCUUGAUGAACACAAACCCUUGUGUUCGAGCGGAGAAGGUUACGUCCGCAUUUGGGGCACAUCUCCCGAUUCCAUAGAUGCAGCCGAAGACCGAGAAAGGUUUAAUGCAAUAUUAAACGAACUCGAAAUUCUACAACCUAAAGGAGGAAUCGCAAAGAGCGAAGAAGAUGCUUUAGCCAUUGCAAAAGAUAUAGGCUACCCUGUUGUGGUUCGGCCUUCUUAUGUCUUGGGUGGUCGAGCGAUGGAGAUCGUUUAUAGCGACGAAAAACUCGCUACCUAUUUAAAAAACGCUGUCGCGGUUGACCCUGAUUCCCCUGUCUUGAUCGACAAGUAUUUAUCCGACGCGAUCGAGAUCGAUAUUGACGCGCUUGCGGAUUCGUAUGGUAAUGUGGUAAUUGGAGGAAUUAUGGAACAUAUCGAGCAGGCUGGAGUCCACUCAGGCGACUCAGCCUGUUCGAUCCCGACCAAAACCAUUGCUCCUGAGCGUUUGGACACGAUUAGGGUUUGGACCGAGAAGUUAGCCAAGAGGCUAAAAGUUUGUGGGUUGAUGAAUUGUCAAUAUGCGAUUACAAACCGCGGGGAGGGCGAAGUCUACUUGUUAGAGGCUAACCCCCGCGCGUCUCGUACGGUCCCGUUUGUUUCGAAGGCGAUAGGUCAUCCGUUGGCGAAAUACGCGUCGCUGGUCAUGUCGGGUAAGUCUCUUCAAGAUAUAAACUUCACGAAGGAGGUUAUUCCGAGGCAUGUUUCGGUUAAGGAAGUCGUUCUCCCGUUCGAGAAAUUCCAAGGUUGUGACGUGCUUCUCGGGCCGGAGAUGCGUAGCACAGGGGAAGUCAUGGGAAUAGCGUAUGAAUUCUCCACCGCUUUCGCGAUGGCCCAUUUAGCAACGGGUCAGAAGUUACCAGUUUCGGGCUCGGUUUUCCUUAGCUUGAACGAUAUAACAAAGCAACAUUUGGGUACGAUAGCGAGGGCAUUUUUGGCACUCGGGUUCAAUAUUAUUUCAACGUCGGGGACUGCAAGCGUUUUGGAGAAGGAGGGGCUACCGGUUGAGAGGGUUUUGAAGAUGCACGAGGGAAGGCCUCAUGCGGGUGAUAUGGUGGCGAAUGGUGGGAUUCAGUUGAUGGUGAUUACGAGUUCGGGGGAUGCGGUUGAUCAGAUUGAUGGGGUUAAGCUUAGGAGGAUGGCUUUGUCUUAUAAGGUUCCCAUUAUUACAACUGUUGCCGGAGCGUUGACUAUUGCGGAGGCGAUUGGGAGUUUGAAAAAUAGGGAAAUCGAGAUGGUUGCGCUUCAGGAUUUCUUUCCGUCUAAGAAGGAAGUCGAGGCGACGAAGAAGCUACAAUCUAUAACUUCUUCGUCUAUAUAAAAACAUUGCAGUUGGAUAGUAAAUUAUUUGUUUUUGAAGUUUGAGUGUUGUUUUUGUUAAAGUUGAGGGGGAUAUAUUCUUGUCCCUAAAGGAAUAAUAGAUAGUAGUGUGGUUUUAUUGAUAAAAAUUGACUCUCAAGUGAGAUUUUUAUCUUCAAGAUUUUGUAUGGUAGUUAUCUUUAUCACUAAGAUUUUUGGUUUCUUUAUUUUA